GCACUGCUGCUGGCUGCUCUCAUCGCCUAUAAAACCCACCACACUCCCUUCCUUCGCUGUCCAUCCAUCCCCAUCCCUCUCCCCUUCCCCAAGAACCUGAGGACGUCGUCCGUGGGGGGGCAAAUCAAUCGAUCCUUCUCAGAGAAGCCAUCCUUUCCUCUGCUCAGGGUGAGGGAGGGAGCUCUCCAGCUCCCGCCAUGUCUGCCAGGUGGGGCCCGCCGGCCGGCCUCGUCCUGCUCCUCCUGCUGCUGUCGGCGGUGGCGGCGCGCGCGGACAGGCCGGCGAGGGCCGGGAAGGCCGCGGAGGCGGAGCCCGAGGAGUCCUCCGCCGUCUUCCAGCUCUACGGCGACGUAUACCCCCACGGGCUGUACUACGUGGCCAUGAGCAUCGGCAACCCGCCGAGGCCUUACUUCCUCGACGUCGACACCGGCAGCGACCUCACCUGGCUCCAAUGCGAUGCCCCCUGCGUCAGCUGCAACAAGGUGCCACACCCGCUCUACAGACCAACAAAGAACAAGAUUGUACCAUGUGUGGAUCAGCUGUGCAGCUCUCUACAUGGCGGUCUGAGCGGAAAGCACAAGUGCGACUCACCGAAGCAGCAAUGUGACUAUGAAAUCAAGUAUGCCGACCAGGGCUCGUCCCUGGGCGUGCUUCUCACUGACAGCUUUGCAGUCCGCCUUGCCAACAGCUCCAUCGUCCGUCCCAGUCUUGCAUUCGGGUGUGGGUAUGACCAGCAGGUUGGGAGCAGCACUGAGGUAGCGCCAACUGAUGGUGUGCUUGGGCUUGGGAGUGGAUCAAUCAGCUUGCUUUCACAGCUCAAGCAGCAUGGGAUUACUAAGAACGUGGUUGGCCACUGCCUCAGCAUCAGAGGAGGGGGAUUCCUCUUCUUUGGAGACAAUCUUGUGCCUUAUUCACGUGCGACAUGGGUGCCUAUGGUUAGGAGUGCAUUCAAGAAUUACUACUCACCGGGUACAGCGAGCCUGUAUUUUGGUGGCCGAUCACUAGGUGUAAGACCAAUGGAAGUAGUAUUGGACAGUGGCAGCUCAUUCACCUACUUUGGUGCCCAGCCAUAUCAAGCGCUUGUCACUGCACUUAAGAGUGAUCUUAGCAAGACGCUGAAAGAGGUAUUCGACCCUUCUCUCCCUCUUUGCUGGAAAGGGAAGAAACCAUUCAAAUCCGUGCUGGAUGUCAAAAAGGAGUUCAAAUCAUUAGUUUUGAGCUUUUCUAACGGCAAGAAAGCACUCAUGGAGAUCCCUCCUGAGAACUACCUCAUUGUCACUAAAUUCGGGAAUGCGUGCUUGGGAAUCCUCAACGGAUCGGAGAUCGGCCUCAAGGAUCUGAACAUUGUGGGAGACAUUACAAUGCAGGAUCAGAUGGUGAUAUAUGACAAUGAGAGAGGGCAGAUUGGAUGGAUCCGUGCACCCUGUGACAGAAUCCCCAACGAAAAUACCAUUCACGGAUUCGAAGAAGGUUAUUGUUGGCCUCAGUUCCCCGGCAUCAUUGGUAUUCAGAACGAAGAGUGUGCAGCUAACUACCGUUCAAACAAAGAGUGAUUUAGCAAGGGGAAGAGGCCAUUAGGUUGAUGAGAGGACAAAAAGGAUCAUCAACCCAAGGAGGGAGGCUCUACACAAAGUUUAGGAACAUGUAUAUUCUUUAGAAAAGAGAGAUCUAAUAAUCUGUAAUCAUCGCGCAGACCCAUAUGAAAUGUUAUUAUUAUCCUGUCCCGAUGAAAUGCCGAUGUUAUUAUUCUGCUCUGAAUCUGAAAUCAUUUAUACACUUGUCUCUUCAGUUUUUCAUC